AAUUGAAACCCUUUUGACCACAGUGCCACAAUCGGGGCGGACCUACGCCUGCUACCACCGACCAGGCGGCACAGGGGAUCCCCAUAAAACAACAAAUUGUUUGGAAAUAUAUUAUCAGUCAGUCUCAGGGGCUCGGGUGGUGUCCAGGAGGAGAAUUUAUUUUGUUCUACGUAAAUUCCGUUAGAUCAAUAAAGGCCUUGGUGACUGCAGCGCAACAGCUUUCUUAAAACACAACGCAGAAGCUACACCGGUUACCCUUGGUGCGGUGACCCGUCGGAUCUCCAAUCCGCGUCAACUGGUUACCCGGGGUACUGCUCCUGCAAACUUUUCGCCUCCUCCCCUCUUCAACGGCACCGGCGAAGUGCAACGCUCGCUAGCUCCGGUCCUGCUCUCCAGAUCUUCGAUGGUACCUGCGAGGAGCUACGCUCACUAGCUGCGGACCUGAACCGCGACUCUCCGGCUCUCAUGCGCUGUGUCGGCGAGGAGCUAAGUUACUAAUUGCUAUCUGGCUUCUUCGCGUCCAGCUUUCGGCGCAUACGCAUCAGGUCUGUUGGUUUGCGGAUCAGUUGAUUUUUGUAAUUACGGUGUCGCUACGUGACGUAUGAAGUGUCGUCCGGUGACGGUUUAAAGAAGGGUAUUUUCUGCAUUAUUAUUUUUUCUUAAGUGCUAUUAUUGUUUUUAUUUUUUCCUCCUCUGCAUACGCCCUUAAUUAGCCAUGAUGGCAGGAAUGGAUGUUUUGGUAGGGGUAGGUCCAUGUCUGGAGGUGCCCUCAACUACACAGCUGAUCAGUCAGCUUUUAAUCAUUUAUUAGCUCCCACUGCCAGCUCCACACCCUUAAUAUUUCUGCCCCUGAGCCUACACAAGUAGUCCCGGUUGAGGCUCUUGGGUCUUUAUUCACAGAUUUGGCCCAGAAAAUUGGAGACACUAUUUAAGCCAACCUUAGCAAUGUGCAGCAGACCAAUGCAUACUAGACCCAAUGUCAGCCAUUUAGUGAUGCCAGUUUGUGGCAGCUCAAGGUCCUCAUGCAGUCUGACGUUAAAGCACCGCCUUACUUCAGGGGUGACCACACUGAUAUGUUUCUGUUCAGGAAUGGGAGGAUAUGAUGACAUGUUAUCUCAAAAGAGUAAAAUGUGAUACAUGUCAAGACUGACAGGCAGAGCCAGAGAUGUGGUUAAGGUGUCCCUCCGCAGUCGCGAUGGACUGAGGCCAUCAAAUCUGCCUUUUGCUGUCUUUGACAUAUUGAAGUGCAACUUUAGUGAGCAGUCAUAUUCCAACUUGCCCACGAAAGAUUCUAAUGCUACUAUUCCCCAUGCUAAUGAGAAUGCUAUGGAUUACUGGAUCUGCCUUAACAAGUCCAUUGAUGUUGCUGGUGAGUGCCUCCGUAGAAGGGGUAAGUCUGUUGAGGAUCCCAGUGCAGGGAGGUGGUCAUGAUGUUUAUUAACCACUGCCCCGAUCCCAGUCUUGCCAUGUCCUUAAAGCUAAAGGCUCCUGAACAGUGGACUGCAGCUGAGGUUCAGGAGCGUCUGGAUGGUCACUGGCCAUGUUAGGCAGGUGUGUCCACGGCUUUCCAGCCCCUCAGCUGCAUUGCCCCUUCACCUUCUUUGGCAUUUAAACUAGUGUGCCUGUGUGAAGAGAGAGGUAGCAUGGGCAGCAUUGGUGAAACCCUCGCUGUCAGAGAAGAUGUGCAGUCGGUCUAUGUGAAUUGCUGUAGUAAUUUUCCCAGUGACAAUACAGUGGUUGUUGUUGGUUCUCACAGAGUUGAAUGGCUAGUGAUUUGUUUUACACUCCAGUUUCUGUCGGGGAUCAGGCCACUUUGAAAGGUAUGAUUGAUUCUGGAAGUAUGUCAUGCACACUCAGUGUGGAGGGGGAGUCCAAGCUCAGAGAUGCUGGUGUUUUACCAAGUCCUCAGGCUGUUCCUGAGAAGGUAGUCCUUGUUGGUUGUGGUGGUCUCAUGACACAACCUCGUUGCAUUUAUGAGCUGGCUGUUGAGAUUUACAGUUUGAAAUUUGUCAUGCCUACUUUCCUUGUUCCAGGACAGAGAGAUGAGCUCAUAAUUGGGACUAACGUCAUCAGGCCAUUGAUACAGGGUCUGAGAUCGGAUGAGAAAUACUGGGAGCUCAUUUGCUCAAAUACUUCUGACCCUCAGUGCGAGCAGUUGCUCAGCUGUGUUACACGUUGGUCAGGGUCUGAACAGCCUGAGAAAGUUGGUACUGUCAAGCUGCAUCAGGCUGUCACUCUUGCUCCACAGCAGGAGUACUUAGUGUGGGCGAAGUUACCUGGUAAUGCUCCUGUUUCACCUGGAAGCGCUGUCAUUGUGGAGCCCACGUCUUCCCACUCUGCCCUCAAGGACAUCAUUGUGGGUCAGGUUGUAGCACAUUUGUCGGGCAACAGAUGGGUGCCGAUGAAAAUUAUUAACCCGGGCAAUGAGCCCUGUCACAUUGUGUAGGAAUGCAUGUAGGAAUUAAGGAUGCUCACCCACUGCCCCACCAAUUGUCUUGCUGCACUGGGGGAAAUGCCUUUUUCAGCACCAUGCACCUUACAUCGGGGUUUUACAACAUUCCCCUCCAUGAGUCAGACAGAAAAUACACAGCCUUUACAACACCUUUGGGCCUGUACGAAUACAAUCGGCUUCCCCAGGGCUUGUGCAACAGCCCUGCAUCCUUUAUGCGGAUGAUGAUCAGUGUCUUUGGUGAUUUGAAUUUCUCUAGUCUACUUUGUUACCUUGAUAUGUAUGUUCUGUUACACAGCAUUAGCUGUUUUGCUUUUGCUUUCCAAUAACGUGUCUUGCAGAAAGGAAAAGAGCGAGAGUAAUGCAAAGAUAUGUUUACUUUAUUUGAUAGCUGUUAUAUGACGCAGUGUAGUGUGUUCUCUAUACAUUUUAAUUUGUAUUGUUCAUGCUUACUUCCACGUUGUGAGUGAACCGUGAUCCGUAAAAAAAAGUAAUGAAGAGUGAAUAAAGAUAGACGUUCAUAUAGACGCUGUUUGUGUCGCUUUGAUGGGGUUUUUUUUUGUUUGUUUUUUUUUACAUACUUUAUACGCCCCGCUACGUAGGCAGAAGAAACAGGAGCGUGGCCGGUUGUGCAGGCGUAGAUACGGGCAGUGUGAUCAAAUAGGCUUCAUAUUUUUGUAUAUAUAUAUUCAGAC